AUGGACCAAUCCCCAACCAAGAUGAGCACACUCUCAGGAGCGCACACAAUCGGGCUGGCGCACUGUGGUGCAUUCACCAGCAGGAUCUACAACUCCAGCUCGGGCACGGGCGUGGACCCGAUGCUGGGCCCGACGUACGCGGUGGAAGUGCCCAACGUUGACGAUCGACGAGGAGGUACUGAUGGACCCGUCGAGCUGCUUGGGGUUCGACAACAGCUACUACCAGGGCGUCCUGAGGAACUAGGGAUGUUCACGUCGGACCAGUUGCUGCUGACGUCCCCAUUUUCGGCAGGGAAGGAGAAUCUGUUUGCAAGAAACUCGGCCAUCUUCCAGAGCAGCUUCUCGGCGGCGAUGGUGAAGAUGGGCAACAUCGACAUCCUAACGGGGUUCAACGGAGAGAUACGUAAAAACUAUAGAGUGGUCAACUGA